CGCGCCUGGAAUUCAUUUUCCACUCUCCGCAGCUUAGAAAUUAUACCGAAGACAAUGCCGUACGGAAUCUUCGCGCAUUGCUCCUCUCCGCCGGGGAGGGGAGUAUAAAAGCAGUAUUCUGCAUCGUUACCAGAUGACGCCUUGAAUAUUGCAUUUCACUAUCGUACGCAAAAACACAAUGACGAACUGGCCCGAUGUUCCCGUCAAGCCCGCCCCGGGCGUCUCCUUCUACACGCCGGCGCAGACUCCCCCCGCGGGCACGGCGCGCAACCCUCAAACCAGCGGGAAGCCCAUCCCGAAGCUCUUCCAGCCCUUGACCAUUCGGGAUCAAACCUUCCAGAACCGCUUGGGACUGGCACCGAUGUGCCAAUACAGCGCCGACGACGGCCACAUGACCCCCUGGCACACGACACACUACGGCGGGAUCGCGCAGCGCGGGCCGGGGAUGAUGAUCAUCGAGGCCACGGCCGUCGUGGCAGAGGGCCGCAUCACGCCCGGCUGCGUCGGGCUCUGGAAGGACUCGCAGAUCGCGCCGAUGCGCCAGGUGAUCGAGUUCGCGCACAGCCAAGGCCAGAAGAUCGGCAUCCAGCUGGCGCACGCCGGCCGCAAGGCGUCGACCCUGCCUCCGUGGCUGGGCGGCGGCGUGGCCACCAACGCUGUCGGUGGCUGGACGGACACCGUCAAGGCUCCGAGUGCCAUCCCCUUCUCGGCUGACGGGAUUGUGCCCCGGGCGAUGACUUUGGUCGAGAUCGAGGAGCUGAAGGCAGCGUGGCGGGCGGCUACUGAGCGGGCUCUGUCCGCUGGCGCCGACUUCGUCGAGAUCCACGCCGCGCAUGGGUACCUGCUGUCGAGCUUCCUCAGCCCCUCGGCAAAUCACCGCACGAACCGGUACGGGGGCAGCUGGGAGAACCGGGUCCGCUUGCCGCUGGAGAUCGCGCAGCUCACGCGCGAGACGGUGGGUGCUGAUGUGCCGGUCUUCCUGCGGGUGUCGGCGACGGACUGGGAUGAGACGGAGGCCGGGUGGAAGGAGAAUGACACAGUCCGUUUCGCCGAGGCGCUGGCGGCACAGGGCGCCGUGGAUCUGAUCGAUAUCAGUAGCGGAGGGAUCUCGAGCUCGCAGAAGAUUAAGGGUGGCCCUGGGUUCCAGGUCCCCUUCGCGGCGGCAGUUAAGAAGGCGGUUGGCGAUCGGUUGCUUGUCGCAGCGGUGGGGAUGAUCAACAAUGGCGUUCUGGCGGAGAAGAUCCUAUAUGAGGACAAUCUGGACGUUAUCCUGGUUGGACGAGCGUUCCAACGCGACACCGGGCUGGCGUGGCACUUCGCCAAGGACCUGGACGUGGAGAUCGCCAUGGCCGCGCAGAUUCGCUGGGGGUUCACCAGCGUCCGCAAUGCGUCGGAGUACAUCCAGCCUAACUCAAUGAAGGCGUCGAUUUUUGAUUGA